GCGCGCGCGGUCGCGGACGUGAGCGAGGCGACGUUCGAGGCGGAGGUCGUGGGCGCGGGGAAGCCGGUGCUCGUCGAUUUUUGGGCGUCGUGGUGCGGGCCGUGCAAACUGAUCAGUAAGAUUGUGGAGAAGGCUGAUAAGGAGUACGGCGAUGCGAUCAAGGUGGUGAAGGUCGAGUGCGAUGGGAACCCGGCGCUGGUGGAGAAGUACUCGGUGUAUGGGCUUCCGACGCUCAUCAUGUUCAAGGACGGCGCCGAGGUGGCGGGGUCGAAGAACGAGGGGGCGAUUUCGUACGAUAAGCUCAAGAUGUGGUUGGAGACGCAC